GCGGCUCAGUCGUUCAGUCAGUCUCAGGCUGUCCAGCCAGGGUGGUUGGUGGUGAGGAUUCAGGCUCCGUCCCAACGAGGCUGUGGCCUGAAGCUCAGGGCCCCCCAGCCCCUCCCUCUCAGCCCAUCAGCGUCACCCCCCAGCCCCGAGCUGGACCGCACAUCUUGGGACACCGUUUUCCACUUCCUCAGGACGAGCCCCAGACUGGAGGAGAGGUCGGAAGAGGUGGGCGUUGGGCUCUUCCCGAGGACCCCGGCGACCGGCCCGGGGGAGACGGCCGAGGCGGCGGCGGGCGGGGGCGACAUGGCGGAGGAGCAGGACCUGUCGGAGGUGGAGCUGAGCCCCGUGGGCUCAGAGGAGCCCCGCUGCCUGUCCCCAGGCAGCGCGCCCUCGCUGGGACCCGACGGCGGCGGCGGAGGCUCGGGCCUGCGAGCCAGCCCCGGGCCCGGCGAGCUGGGCAAGGUCAAGAAGGAACAGCAGGAUGGCGAGGCGGACGAUGACAAGUUCCCAGUGUGCAUCCGCGAGGCGGUCAGCCAGGUGCUCAGUGGCUACGACUGGACGCUGGUGCCCAUGCCCGUGCGCGUCAACGGCGCCAGCAAGAGCAAGCCGCACGUCAAGCGGCCCAUGAACGCCUUCAUGGUGUGGGCGCAGGCGGCGCGCAGGAAGCUGGCGGACCAGUACCCGCACCUGCACAACGCGGAGCUCAGCAAGACUCUGGGCAAGCUCUGGAGGCUGCUGAAUGAGAGUGACAAGCGCCCCUUCAUUGAAGAGGCUGAGCGGCUCCGGAUGCAACACAAGAAAGACCAUCCCGACUACAAGUACCAACCCCGCAGGCGGAAGAAUGGGAAGGCAGCCCAAGGGGAGGCAGAGUGUCCCGGAGCAGAGCCUGAGCAAGGAGGGGCUGCUGCCAUCCAGGCCCACUACAAGAGCGCCCACCUGGACCACCGGCACCCAGAAGAAGGCUCCCCCAUGUCAGACGGGAACCCGGAGCACCCCUCAGGCCAGAGCCAUGGCCCUCCCACCCCUCCAACCACCCCAAAGACAGAGCUACAGUCCAGCAAGGCAGACCCCAAGAGGGAUGGGCGCUCCCUGGGGGAGGGCGGGAAGCCUCACAUCGACUUCGGCAAUGUGGACAUCGGUGAGAUCAGCCACGAGGUAAUGUCCAACAUGGAGACCUUUGAUGUGGCUGAGUUGGACCAAUACCUGCCACCCAACGGGCACCCAGGCCACGUGGGUAGCUACUCAGCAGCUAGCUACGGGUUGGGCAGUGCCCUGGCUGUGGCCAGUGGACACUCUGCCUGGAUCUCCAAGCCGCCAGGCGUGGCUCUGCCCACGGUCUCACCCCCUGGUGUGGAUGCCAAAGCCCAGGUGAAGACAGAGACCGCAGGCCCCCAGGGGCCCCCACACUACACAGACCAGCCGUCCACUUCCCAGAUUGCCUACACCUCUCUCAGUCUGCCCCACUACGGCUCCGCCUUCCCCUCCAUCUCCCGCCCCCAGUUUGACUACUCUGACCAUCAGCCCUCAGGACCCUAUUACGGCCAUUCUGGCCAGGCCUCAGGCCUGUACUCGGCCUUCUCCUACAUGGGGCCUUCUCAGCGGCCCCUCUAUACAGCCAUCUCUGACCCCAGCCCCUCAGGGCCGCAGUCCCACAGCCCUACACACUGGGAACAGCCGGUAUAUACGACGCUGUCCCGACCUUAAAGGGGGCCCUGUCACACCAGCCCCCACCUGGGCCCCUUCCCCCAGCCUGUGUGCCCUGCUCCUCACCAGUCUCAGGCCUGGCAGUGACAGUGGAGGAGGCUUCAGAGGCUAACCGCAACGGGAAAGCUACUGCCCUGAUGACCCACCACCCACUCCGGCUCUAGCGGCCCGACCCUGGCUGCCAGCUGGGCAGAGGAGAAGGAGGUUGAUGGCUGGCCCUAGACUGAGGGUGAGGGGCCACCCAUCCCCCAGAAAUGACCCUCUUUCCCAGGACCUGAGAAGGCCUGCUCAUCCCCUCAGGGAUGGAGAGGGAGGGAGAAAGCAUGAGGGCUGGAUGGGCAUCAGAGGCCUUGCCACUUCUGUUUCCUCCUUGGUGGGUAAGGGGUUCACAGGCCCCUGUGCCACCAUGUCACAGUGCCUAGGAGCUAGGCCACCCAGGGACCUGCAUCAAAGCCUGGAGCUGGCUCUGUCCUGUCACUCAGGAUUCACUGAGGACAGCUUUGAACAGCUUUGUACGGAUUAGGGUGAGGGACUCAAUGGGAGCUCUGAUCCUUUCAAUGCUCCCUCCUCACCUGAACGCAGGAAGGAACUGGCAGAGGUCCUGAGAUCCAAUUCUGUCAAUAAUCUCAUCCCUCCUAAUUGAGGAGAGCCCCCCACAUGUCCAUCCCCACUACCUCCUACACCUCGAGGUCCACCCCAAAUAAGGAGGCAGGGGCUCCAGGGAAGGAGUCAGAGGGAAUUCACUGGGCCUUCCUCCCUGGGCUCCUGGCCAAUGGCUUCCUUUCCUGUCCUGUCAGCCCCACAUCCCUGGGCUCAGAAAGUUAGCACUGCGCGGGCCCCAGCCCUCAGCUCCGGGAAACCCAGAGCCUAGCACCAGGCUGCUGGCAGCAGGCUGGACACUAAAACCCUGCCGUGUACAUUCUACCCUUGCCUUUUGUCCCUUGCCUUCAGUGAUACCCGAAUAAAGUACGUAGCUCUGUCUGCCCCAUCUUCUGUCCUGCAGCAAACAGUCCACAUGUAACGCAUGCUGUCCCCUUUAUUUAUCUCAGUAGUCCCCACACUCCUUCCCAUCUCCUAGCUAUUCCAGCCCCUAUUAACUCUGCAUUACGCAUUCCAAGUAAUAAAAUGAACGCUUCCGGUUACCUGUGGUGGGCUUGA